AUGCGUAUCCUCGUAGCAUUCGUGUUUCUCACCCAAAUUGUUGUUUGCGAAUAUGACAACCGAGUUAUAACGACUCUAAAGUACUCGAAAUACAGCACAUCACCAUCUGUAGUCAAUGGGAAACCUGCUGUGGAAGGUCAGUUUCCUUUCCUGGUGUCUUUAAAAGAACCAGUGGCGAAAAUGGAGCCGGAUAAAUUUGUGUGGAAGAACCUUUGUGGCGGGAGCAUAAUUGACACCAAAAGAGUGCUGACAGCGGCCCAUUGUUUUGAAAAUAACGAGUUCUACUACGCAAGACAUCCCGAAACGCUCCGCCUGGUGGCCGGUGCCAUGACUACAGACCUAAUACACUGCGGGAAGACAGAAACUACAAAAGACACUCAAUGGAGAAGCUUACAGAAAGUUCUGAUACACGAACAUUUCAACUUCCCUGCUAAUGACAUCGCAGUUGUCCUUGUCAACGAGCCGUGGGUCUUUAAUGAAAACGUCAACUUCAUAAAAGUGGCAACAGUAGUGACGGAUUACGCAGAGCAAUGCGUGUCUGCUGGGUACGGAAGAAUCGGUCAUCGCUCGAAGGACAGUGUCUCCCCAAUUUUGUUGUCUGCGAAAUUAAGCACAAUGCCCAGAUGGCGAUGCUCCUUAGUUUGGGAAAUGAAUAUGAAUUCUUUUAUUUGUACGGACUCAACAAUAGCGGACGUGGCUAGAGGUGAUUCUGGGGGUCCUUUGUUAUGUUACCAUACCGGUGACCCUAACGAGGUGAACGAUGAGGGAGUGUUGGCCGGUGUGGUAAGCGGGAAGAACUUUGAUAAGACGACGUUGUACACGCGAGUGUCUGCGUACACCUCGUGGAUAAAUAACGGUCCUUCUGGCGCUGAUGAAAACAAACGAGCUGACAGAUCACCUGGCAAGCGAUUGGCGCCGCCUACAGACCUGCAGCACCAAAGGAGUCACCGUCGCGUUGCCGGCCUUUUAAGAAUGAGUACACUCGCUUCUUGA